CUGUUUACACUGCCACCAACUCACGACUACAGUGCUGUGAAAUAUGCAGAGAAGGCAGCCAGAUAGUUAAAAAAAAAAAAAAAAGCUAGCAGUCGGUAGGUGCCUACAGUUUAAUAAGUGCUCCGCUUGUUUACACUAUGUGGGUCAGUGUGCUCAGAUUAUGCAACUGAAACUGCUAUGGAUUACUUUUUAUCUGAGCAGAAUCCAUUUCUGCAGGAUUUAUAUUUUAUCUCAAGAGGAAAUAACAAUUCUUCAGUACGUAUUUUCCUGUGCGACUGAGCAGCUGUAAUGCUGAUAUAUUUAGCACUUGUCGAGCUUGUGGUAAGCAGGGUGUUGCCUAAAUACAAUUAGCCGGUCAGAUGACUGGAUCUCUGCUCUUGUGGCUUGCAAACUAUGGAAAGGAUAUUGCUUUUAAUAAAACUUAAACAGCAGAUUGCAAAACCAAAAAGGGGAGCAAAUGUUUCCGAAUGCAGGGCGGUGUUCUGAAUCCGGACUGAAGACUGAUCAUCAGCCCUCACAGAAGACCAUGUUUAAGCAAUAGGCUUUAUUUUGCAGACAGAAGAAGGAUGUCAUACAUAGUAAGUGUGCAUCCUACAUCAGCCCCGGAACGUUUAUAUGCACGGCUGUACAAGGCGACGCUGCUCUCUCUGAGAAUCCUGUCAUAUAAUAUCUGGGAAACGGCCAGCUAAGAAAAGAUUCCCAUGCCUAGAUCAGAAUGUGCACUUCCGAAGACAUAGCAGACUGUCUUCAUGGAGAGAGCCUUCUUUGUAGCUUAAAUGAGCAACGUAUGCAAGGGUUCUUAUGUGAUGUCACCAUCGUGGUUGAAGACACCAAAUUUAAGGCACACAGAAAUGUACUGGCAGCCUCCAGCCUGUAUUUUAGGAACCAGUUCCGGAGCCAGAACAUCUUAAUCCAAGGACAUGUCUUGGAGCUCACAGAUUUCAAAGCAGACACAUUUACAGAGAUACUAAAUUUUAUAUACAGCGCUAAGAUUGCUGUGAAGAAAAAGGAGACGCUUACGGAUCUGGCGGAUGCUGGUAAAAAAUUAGGAAUAACCUUUUUAGAAAACAUCAGGACUCUGAAGAAAACGUCUGCCGCCGCUGUUCCAUGCCACGCAGAACCCGCGGAAAACCUGCCAACUACAUUUUAUCGAGAACAAAAUGGUUUGAAAUCAGAGGCUGUUGACAAAAAGGGAGAUGACCCUGCGGUGGCAAGUGGACCAAGGAUAACCAAUGCGUUUUCUAUUCUGGAAACUGAAGUAAAUGGUUACUCCCCUCUGGAUUUGAGAGCAAAUUUUAAGAAGAGCACAGGCCCGACUGAAGAAGUGCAUCAUGGGAGUAACUGUGAGAAUGGUGUCUGCAGUGAUGGGGAGCCGGUGAAUACCCUGGCCGAGCACUCGUAUGCAGUGUCGUCUGGGGAGACACAGUACAAAAGAGACUCUGUGUUUGACCAUGACAGUAAUCUUAACCAUGUAAGUGAAAAGGAAAGCACAAAGCCUUGCACAGCUUCUUCCAUCCAAGAGGCAAAACCAGCUAACGACAUGCCUGUACUUGAAACUCAGAGUUUUAUUCCACAGACUAAUAUCGGGAGCUGUACUCCAACAGUCAGCAUGAGUUGCCCAGCGGAGCAGACAGCCACCAACACUCCUAAUUUCUACAGCGAAAGGGAAGAUGAAAGCCUCUUAGUGCAACUUCCUCCAAGCAACCCGUCUGUCCCACCAUCGUACUACGAUCCUGGCCUGUAUCCACUUCCUAAUAGGCUCCAAGAGACAUUUAACUGCAAGAAUUGCAGUAAAGGUUUUGCACAUUUUAAACGCCUGCAGAGGCACGAACAGAUCUGUUUCAAAGUGGUGCACACAGAGAAAGAUGUGAGGUUGCCCAACAGUCUUUCACAGGACACCUCGGCAGAUCCAUCAUCUGACCAGAACUCCCUUUUGCAUGGCUCCUCGCCUGGAACAGAUCAUUUUGUGAAGAUAGUGGAUGGCAAGAUAUUCUACGUCUGCAUUGUGUGCAAGAGGAAUUAUGUGACUCUGUCAAGUCUUCGGCGUCAUUCAAACGUUCAUUCUUGGAGAAAAUCAUAUCCUUGCCAUUACUGUAGCAAAGUGUUCGCCUUGGCAGAAUAUAGAACCAAACAUGAAAUUUGGCACACAGGAGACAGGCGAUAUCAGUGUAUAUUCUGCCUGGAAACAUUCAUGACGUAUUACAUCCUCAAAAAUCAUCAGAAAUCUUCCCAUGGGAUUGAUCCAAGACUGGGGGUGGGCAAUAAAGCAAACAAUAGAGGCCUCAAGUCUAGUAUUUAUCCCUACAAACUCUACAGACUAUUGCCAAUGAAGUGCAAAAGGGCGCCCUUGAAGAGUUCUGUAAGUGAGUCCACGGAGCUCCCAGGAAUACAUUUCCAAGGUAACAGCUCUUUCAGCACAGCUGCCAUUGUUCAGAGUACUCUCAACUCCCAGCCUUUUGGAUUAGAAAACCAGGAGAACUUUUCUUGUCCAUUGGAUCCACCAUCACAGAGUGAGGCAAGUACAACUACAAACCAGGACACUUGGCCAUUUCACGUGUUACAGUCAGAGAGACAGGCCAGCGAUUUGCCUGCUAGGAAUUGUAAUUCUCCUUCGCAGACUGUAGACUCCACACCAAAAGAUUGUGAUGAUACAGUCAGUCCUUUAUUUGGUGAAAAUCAGAAUAUUCCUACCGUCAUUAACUCUACCACUUCGGCUCCAUCAGUGAUUAUGCAUAGCAGCAGGGUAUCUUCUGUGAUAGUGCACGGAAAUGCUGUGACUGGGACAGCAGCAGCAAAUGAAAUAGGUUGGAAUCACAGUAGGACCAUUGUAACACCAGAAAAAGAGGAUGUCUGUCAGAGAAAUAACUCUGAAGCAGCAGAUACGAGGACCACGAAAGAGGAGGAAAGGACUGAAGGCAGCAAAGUAGGAGACUCUCGCCAGGAAGGGAGGGAACUGUUUCUUCCUGCCACUUCUUCAAAAAAGAACAAAAGCGUUAUACGGGAAGGGAAUAAAACAGAAACUUACAUUGCUAAACCAGCCCUACCUGGGACUCUGGUAAACAGUGGAAUUGCUCCCCUUUGCCAGAUAACAGUAAAAAUUGGAAGCGAGGCUUUGGUAAAAAGGCAAAUCUCUGGUUCAUCAUUGUUUUUCAGGAAAAGCGGAAGGCCAAAACACUCUGAGUCCAAAUCAGAGAGAGCAUGGUCAGAUUCUGAUGAAAAGAAGGAGAGGAGUUCCAACCGUCGUCGUAGAUCAGAGAAUGUCAAAAUGGAAGAGAUGUGUGAUGAUACCAGUGACCAAGAUGUGUCUGACAAACCAUGGAGACCUUAUUACAACUACAAGCCCAAAAAGAAGUCUAAGCACUUUAAGAAAUUUAGGAAACUGAAGAAAAGGAAAAAACACAGUAGACCAAGACCUACUGAGGUGAAUGUAAACGAAGAAGAGACAAAAUGCUCUUCCGGGGAGGCUGUUGAAGAAAACGGCAGAGAUGAAAUUCUGGAGACAGCAGACCUUGAAUGUCCUGAAAAAGACGUUGAGGAGGAAAUGGAUAAUACAGAUUGGCAAAUAGACAGUGGUCCUUGUUUUUGCGAGCUGUGUCAAAAAUCUUUUCGGAAUCCUUCAACAUUGAAGGUCCACAUGCGUUGUCACACCGGUGAGAAGCCUUACACAUGCAAGACAUGUGGGAAGUGUUUCUCCUUCCCUGGGAACUUAAACAAACAUGAACGCAUCCACCAGGGUGCGAAGAACUACAUGUGUCAGUACUGCAGCAAGUCGUUUAUGCUAAAUGAGACGCUGAAAAAGCACGAGAGGAUACACACUGGAGAGAAAAUGUAUGACUGUCAGUUCUGCUCCCAGCAAUUCCUGUACCUUUGUACAAAAAAUAACCACGAGCAAAGACAUUUAGCCGAACGAAAUGCAAAAGGGUUUGUUUGUGUCCACUGCUCCAAAAUCUGCAAGACAGCUGCUGCCUUCGGGAUGCACCAAAAAAAACACUAUCUCAGGGGUCUAAAGCAUAGGGAAAAUAAAGACUUCCCACCGCCUUCAGUGGAAAUGGGAAGCUGGGGUGAUGUGGCAAGUAGUGAUUGCAAAGAGUCCAGUAUAGCUGAAGAAAGAAGUUCCGUGAAUGUGCCUGAAAGUCUUCCUCCUUCCUUCGAUGACUGUGAGGCUCCGUUGUUGUCUUUUAAUAGCAGUGUUACAGAGGUAAUGCCCCAGGGUGUUAUUGCUGCAAGUCUUGUGGAGAAUAUAAAUGAAAUUGGUGAAAAUGAAAAUCAUUUCAUGACUCCACUGCCACCACCACCAGCUGGAUUGCACAGCAGAGUCCUAACGGAGGCCCCAAAAGGCUGGAAAUACUGGAAAACAAGGCAGUAUAACUUGGAGGAAAGCUUGAACACUGAUCAUUCUUCUUUGAAGGAGAGCACUAAGACUUUCACCGAAUUAAAAACAAUGACAAAUUUUGAGACCCCCUUUGUUCCAUAGAAGACUAUUGUGGAACAGUUAAGAAAAAAGUGUCACAAACUAUUUUUGUUAACCCCUUUGCUGCUAGUAGACAGUUGCAGGUCCGUAGCAGCAACAAUGGUUACAAAUAGUCAAGGUAAUAGAAGUAUUCAUAAGUGUUACUUUCCUUGAACUGUACAUCCUAGGACCAGUCCUGUGUAGAAAAAAAAAAUCAGCUUAUAAUGUUUUCUUGAGAGCAAUUAGACAAGUAACACCUUCUGUACAGUUUAUAGUACAAUAUAGGUCUGUUAAAGUAGCAGUCAUUGUUAUUUCUUACUGCAUACACAUUUAGGUGUCCCAUAGAAUCCAUCUGAGAUUCUUUCCCCCCACAUUAAAUCAAAGUGGGUUUCUGUGUUCUCUUUAUGGUGACAUGUAUCAAUCCUUCUAAAGUCGACAGAUUCUAGCUAUCAUUUUAUAGAAUGUACUAGGCCAGGCCUGGCCAACCUGUGGCUUUCUAGUUGGUGUAAAACUACACAUCCCAGUAUGCUCUGCUAUAAUUUUAGCAUUCCCUAACAAAACAGUGUGACAGAGCAUGUUGGGACUUGUAGUUUUACAAGAGCUGUAGAGCCAUGGGUUGGCCAGGCCUGUACUAGGAAAUGAUAGCUAGAAUCUGAUUGGUUGCUAUGGGAAACCUCCGCUUGUCCUCUUUAGAGGUUUGAUACAGUACAUAUUCCCCUAUGUUGGAAGAUCUCACAGCAUAGGAGACUGGUGAAGGUCACAAAGUGCCAUUGUUCUGACCGCUUCUCUGACACCUCGCAGCCACCAUUGCACAUUUUCCCUUGCACUUCAUAAAGGUGCGCAGGUUAAUCUACAGUGUUGGGCUGCUGUAAUUAUCAGUGAUGUGCAGGGAUGCAGUCAAGUUGCUGGCUGUCAGGAUCCCGACAUUCAGGAAGCCGACGCCGGAAUCCCAACAGCAGGGGAAAUGCCAGCUAACGGAAUCCCGAACGCAGCCCUAAAUUCCCACUUGGGUGGUGGUCCAUGCCACCUCCGGAGGGGGAAUUCGAUCUUCACAAAUGCAUGACCAGCGCAGCGAGGCCGUGAGGGGACUCGCUGCACCCCCUGUCGGGAUUCCGGCUGUUGGGAUUUUGGCGUCGGUCUCCUGACCACCAGGAUCCUGACCACUGGCAAUGCAUACUGAUUCUGAUGUGCACAACCGCACAUUGACGACAAAUUAAUACACCCCAUAUAGUCUUAACAAAAAUAAUUUUAACCCUAAAUUAUAUUGUUACACUUUUCCAAAAUGACAGUUCCAAGUGACCGUCCUCAUUAUUUGUGAUAUUGUAGCACAAUACCACAUGGGGCACAACUGUUUAGACUGCUUCUUUAAAUACACUAUAUUAUACCACAUUUAGUAUCAACUGUACAGCAUAUUUUAUAUUGUAUUUAGUGUGUUAUUUAGGAAACAACUCAUUGCAACAAGGACAAAAGUAAAACUAUGUUUCGCACAUAACAUGUUAAAGUGAAUUAUAACACAAGAUAGCUAUUUGUCAUUGUUUCGUUAACCUGAGAUUCUGCAUUAAGAGGAUAACAUUCUA